CAAUCGUUGAUAUAAAAAGAAUAUUGAAACAAACUUAAAAUGUCGAAUCUUGUUCAGCCUGAUUCAGACGUGGAUUCUGAAUUUGAUGAGUAUGACUACGUGCCUCAGCAAGUUUCUCAAAAUGCUCCACAACAAAUUUAUGAUGAAGUACCACCAGAACACAUUUAUGAUGAAGUACCACCAGAAUAUGAAAAUGCUCCCCCACAUGUCAAUGAAGAUGAUUUACAACAACCCGAUGAAGAAAUGAUACAACAACCCGAUGAAGAAAUGAUACAACAACCUAAUAGAGAAGAAUCAAGUGAAAUUAAUAAAAUAAAUUCAAUACAAAAUUUAAUCUAUCAAAUCACGACUAGAGUUAAAAAAUUGUGUGACGACGAAUUAAAUGAUAAAUAUAUAUCAUAUUUAGAAAAUUUAAUGAAUAAUAAUGCAUUACUUAUGAAAAAAGAUCAGUUUAAAAAAGUAGAGAGUGGAAUUAAAAAAUUAAAGAAACAAAUAAAAAGCUUUCGUUCAACAUUAGUAAAUGAUUGCACUGAUUUAAUGAUGAUAGCCACUGAAAUAGAUUUGAUAAAGCGUCGAUUUGAUGAUUUACAGAAAGAUUAUCAGCAACUAAAAAAAGAUUUACAGGGAACUCCUGCAGACCAAAAUGAUCAUAUCAGUGAAUCUUUUAAAAGCGGGCAAUAUUUGAGUAUGUUGAUUCAAAUGCAUGCCAAAGCCCAGAAAGUAAUAAAUUCUCACAAUGAUCGGAUUAACGAAUACAACAUAUUCAUCUCUAACUUCAAUCAAUUUAUAAGUGAAUUCAAUCGCGGAUAUAUUAUUUAUACAUCGCCGGUUACCGGAAAAUAUUACUCAAUAUUAUUGAACGAUAUUGUAAAAGAAAUUCUAACAAUAAUAAGUCCGAACGCCGAAAACGUCGAUGCUCUUGAGAUGAAACGUAAAGAAAUAUUUAGAAUGUUUGAAAUGAAAUAUGAUAAUGAUUUAGCUCGUUUAAUUAAUGAUUCAGCAUUAGACGAAAUAACGGGAUUAGUGGAAAUAAGUGAUAGUCGGGGUGUAUAAUUGAUAGUAAAUACAAUUUAUACUUUUUAAAAAAAAUUCUAUUGAAUAUUUUAUAUAUUUUAGAAGUGAUAGAAUGAUAAUUGAGCUUAAUAUGUUCACGUAUAAUGAAUAUUUAUCUGUUAUAUCUACGAUCUAAAGUGUCCAGAGGCUUUGAGAACCAAAAUUAAAAUAAAUAUUUCAAAAAUUUGGUUUGGUGUUUCAAUAUUGAAAAUUUUUAUGAGAUUUUUUUA